AAUUUCCUUAUCGUUUCAUAGAUAAAGUAUCUUCAAGAACUUACAGAUUAAGUGUCUUCAAGAGCUUCCACUCGGAAAAAUUUCAGCAUCCCUACCAGACUUAUUGCUUCUAUUAGGAAAUCAUUUAAGGUGGUAAAUCAUACCUUAUACAGAUAAUGGAUUUGUUGAACCAGAACUUAGAUGAAACUGAUCCAGAACUAUUCAAUAUCAUUAAAAAUGAAAAGUCACGGCAAAUGACAGGUUUAGAAAUGAUAGCAUCGGAAAAUUUUACAAGCCGUAGUGUGCUUCAGGCUUUGAGCACUUGCCUGCAUAACAAGUACUCUGAAGGGUAUCCUGGUCAAAGAUAUUAUGGUGGCAAUGAACACAUAGAUGAAGUUGAACGUCUGUGCCAGAAAAGGGCUUUAGACACUUAUGGAUUGACUUCAGACAAGUGGGGUGUCAAUGUUCAGCCGUAUUCUGGAUCGCCUGCUAACUUUGCUGUGUAUACUGCUUUGGUAGAACCUCAUGGACGCAUCAUGGGUCUCGAUUUACCCGAUGGAGGACACCUGACACAUGGCUAUUUUACGGAAAAGAAGAAAAUAUCGGCCACUUCAAUAUUUUUCGAGUCCAUGCCUUAUAAAAUUGACCCUAAAACGGGCCUCAUUGAUUAUGAUCAGUUGCAAAAAACAGCAAAGCUUUUCAAACCAAAGGUUAUUAUUGCAGGUAUCAGUUGCUACCCAAGAAAUCUUGACUAUAAAAGGUUUCGAGAAAUUGCAGACGAAAAUGGGGCGUACUUAAUGGCAGACAUGGCGCAUGUGAGUGGGCUUGUAGCUGCAAGACUUGUUCCAGAUCCUUUUGAAUAUUGUGAUGUUGUCACCACUACCACACAUAAAACUUUGAGAGGGCCUAGAGCAGGUGUUAUUUUUUACAGAAAAGGUAUUCGCUCCGUGACAAAAUCAGGAGAAAUCGCUUAUGAUUUAGAAGACAAAAUUAAUCAAGCAGUUUUCCCUGGUCUCCAAGGUGGACCACAUAACAAUGCAAUAGCAGGUAUUGCUACUGCACUCAAACAGGCACAAAGCCCAGCAUUUAAGAAAUAUCAAGAACAAGUUAUCUUGAAUGCAAAAACACUUGCAAAAGCUUUGCAGGAGAGACAAUAUACAUGUGUUACAGGUGGCACAGACAACCAUAUUGUCUGGUUAGAUUUACGUCCGUUAGGGUUGAAUGGAUCAAGAGCAGAAAAAGUUUUGGAAGACAUUUGCAUUGCUUGUAAUAAAAAUACUGUCCCUGGAGAUAAGAGUGCUCUGAAUCCAGGAGGCAUCCGCCUAGGCACUCCUGCUCUCACAACACGAGGUCUGAAAGAGAAAGACAUUGAAAAAGUGGCCGAAUUCAUUCACAGAGGUCUUCAGUUAGCACUAGACGUAAAAUCUAGGAGCGGACCAAUGUUGAAAGAUUUUAAGGCUAAACUUGCAGAAGAUCCUGAAUUCCAAAACAGAAUAACAGAACUCAGAACUGAAAUUCAGAACUUUGCUUCUUUAUUUCCUCUUCCUGGAUUUGAUGAUUAUUAGACCCAAUAAGAGAUAUUUGUGAGUUUUUAACAAUAAAAAUUGUUUUAACGAAUGCAAAGCCUGUCCAACAUGGAAAUACAUUUUUUAAUAUCAUUUUUAACACAUAUUAUUGGGACCACCAGUGAGGUUAACAAAUUCAAUUGAUUUUCAAUUUUAUUUGUAAAAAACAAAAAGCAAAAUGUUACUUCUGUAUGUACGAUAUAUAUGUUAAUAUUUGUUCCCAUUUUAAAGCAACUCAUUUUAAAAGAUGGCAAGGAAAUAUUUUGUGCUUAAUGUUGUUCCCUGUAAAAUAGAAUUUGUUUUAUAUAUUUUGAUAAAUGAAGAAGUUUGAUUCUUGGCUAUUUUCU